GGUGGCAAUGAAGGUAUUUUCGUGAGCGAGCUCAUCAUUCCAUCGACUCGCGUCGAGCUGAUAGGUGCAUAUCUGUAUAUCCUUCUAGGCUAUUCAAAAAUGAGUAUCGUUACUUGCAUCGCACCAAUUAACAUUGCAGUUAUCAAAUACUGGGGAAAGAAAGAUGAUAAUUUAAAUCUUCCAAUCAAUGAUUCCAUUAGUGCUACACUAGAUACAGAGCAUCUCUGUGCCAAAACAACAGUUAUAAUUAGUCCAGAUUUCAAAGAAGAUAAGAUAUGGCUGAAUGGAAGUGAACAAACAAUGGAUAAUCGAAGAUUACAAAACUGCUUACAAGAAAUGAAAAAGAGAUCUCAGCUAUCUGAAGAAAUGAAGAACUGGAAAAUUCACAUUUGCUCAGAAAAUAAUUUCCCUACAGCUGCUGGCUUAGCUUCUAGUGCUGCUGGUUAUGCUUGCUUAGCCACAGCCUUGGCUAAACUUCACAAAGUAGAAGGAGAUAUCAGUGGAGUAGCAAGAGUUGGCUCAGGCUCAGCUUGUAGAAGUAUUUAUGGAGGAUUUGUUAGAUGGUAUAUGGGUACUGAUCCACAAGGCUGUGACAGCAUUGCUAAACCUAUUGUAUCUGCUUCACACUGGCCAGAAAUGAGAAUUCUAAUUUUAGUAGUAAGCGAUUCGCAAAAAAAAGUGCCUAGUACGACGGGAAUGAGAAGGGGUGUGCUAACUUCGAAAUUUUUGAAAAAUAGAGCUGAGAACAUUAUACCGGCUAGGAUCGAAGAAAUGCACAAAGCGAUAGUUGAUAAAAAUUUCGAAUUCUUUGCCGAGCUUACCAUGAAGGAUUCAAACAAUAUGCAUGCUGCUUGUGUAGACACUUAUCCGCCAUGUGUUUAUAUGAACGAUGUUUCAUAUUUGAUUGUAGAUCUUGUUCAUACUUACAACGCGAUUAGUAACAACACGAAGAUAGCUUACACUUUUGAUGCUGGCCCAAAUGCAACGUUAUAUUUGUUAGAAAAAGAUGUCGCGAAAUUUACUGGUGUCCUUAAUCACUAUUUUCCUCCAGCGGAAAAUGUUGAUGUUGAAUAUCAGAAAGGAAUACCUAUUGAACCUGUUAGACCGUCUGAGGAUACGCUAGAAAAACUGAAUCUUACAAAACAUUUGCCUGGAAAGUUGAAGUACAUUAUCCAUACGCGAAUUGGUGAUGGGCCAAAGCAAUUGAGUGGCAAAAACGUGCAUCUUUUAAAUGAACAUGGUUUACCUAUUAAAUUAUAAACUAAAUAAUAUACCUAAUAUUAAAAUAUGUAAUAUUUAAAAAAUUUUAAUUUUAAACUAUGAAAUUUAAAAGAAAUGUU